GAUUUGGCAUUAGGUUUCGAGCUGUGCAUUUUUUUUUUUUAAACAGGGGAUUCCAUUUGUCCUCUUUGUUCCUGAGGUGACACGGAGGAAAACAAGCCCGGCUGUUUGUUUAGCUUUCACGUGUAGUUGUGGAAUGUCAUGGAGAAAGCCGGGUCCUGACCUUAGGUGUAGAAAGCCAAGCCUAAAAUGUUUGCCUGUGGCUAGGUAAUUUCUGCAUUAGAUCAAAGGAUAUAUCAAAUGCUUGUUUUUAAAACUAGAAAACCUGAUAGGCAGGUGUGUGUGUGUGUGUGUGUGUGUGUGUGUGUGUGUGUGUAGGCGCGCGUAUUGUCUUCUGUGACCAAAUAGCAGAAUUUACAGAGCACAGUAAACAGUUACUAUGGGGGAAAUGAAGGAAUUUAAAGUAUGCAUGUGAAGACACGAAUAAGACCAAAAGCCUGAAAGAUCAGAUCAACAUCCUGAAAACUGCCAUGUUGGACUGGAGUAUAGCUCGGUGAUAGAAUGAUUGAUUACAUAGUGUUGCGGAUACCCAGCACCAUGUCGAAAAACAAAACAAAAACAAACAACAAAAGAGAAAAUUAAAAAAAAAAACCCUAACAUACUGGAAUUCAAAUAUCUCAUGGAGAAAUAAGGUAAUUCUGGUUUAGCUGGGUGUGCCCCUAUCCUUGGCCUGGGCUACAGGCAUCCUGUCUCAAGAAAAGAAAAAAGAAAAGAAAAGAAAAGAAAAAGUAAUAAUCCUGAUUUAAACAAAGCAGGGUUAGAGAACAAAUAGUCCCUUGAUGGAUAGUGUCAGCGAAAAUACAGAUAAGUAGACCCAUGUGGUGCUGCACGACGCCUUUAAUCCCAGGACUCAGGAGGCAGAGAAGGCAGAUGGAUUUCUGUGAGUUCGAGGCUAGCCUGGUCUACAGAGCGAGUUCCAGGACAGUCAGGGCUCCAUGGAGGGACGAAAAGUUUGUUUUUAAAAUAUUUAAAUUUUGCUAAAUUAAAUUUUACGUAUAUUUUACCUGCACAUAUAUUUGUGUACCAUCUUUGCUCCCAGUGCUUGCGGAGGCCAGAAGACGGGGUCUGAUCACCUGAAACUAGAGUUACAGAUGGUUGUGAGCCCCCAUGUGGGUGCCGGAAUUUAACCCAGAACCUUUGGAAGAACAACCAGUGCCCUUAACCUCUGAUCCAUCUCUCCAACCCUGUAACUGACUUCUUACAUUUAGCACAACCCCCCACCAUGUACUGUCUCUCGAUUUGAUUUCUCUCUUUUGAGUUUAGCCCAGACUGGCCUCUAACUCAUUAGCUGAGGAUAGCCCUUAACCUUCCUGCCUCCAUCUCCCGAGUGCUGCAAUUCUAGGCAUGGACCCCCGUGGCAAAUUUUCAUAGCUGAAUGUGUACCCGCAGUGGAUAGACAUGCUUUUUGUUUAUUCAUUCCUCACUUGGUGGUUAACUUUCUGGGUAAAAUCCAGUUUCUCUCAUGGAUUUCUUUUUCUCUAGAAGGAGAAUGAGUGGAUUGACUUUCAGGUCAACAAAGGCCCAUUGGACGGCGAACCUCAGCCGGCCGUGUUCUCAUGGACCUACUGGGUUAUUUGUGCCGCCAAGCCCUCCUUUGGACCCUGAGAAGAUCAAAGAGUUACAGCGCUUCAUUACCCUUUCCAAGAAACUUCUGGUGAUGACUGGUGCAGGAAUCUCCACGGAGUCGGGGAUCCCAGACUACAGGUCGGAAAAGGUGGGUCUUUAUGCCCGCACAGACCGGAGACCCAUCCAGCAUAUUGAUUUCAUCCGAAGCGCUCCAGUUCGUCAGCGGUACUGGGCCAGAAACUUUGUGGGCUGGCCUCAGUUCUCCUCUCACCAACCCAACCCAGCACACUGGGCCUUAAGCAACUGGGAGAAACUGGGGAAGCUGCACUGGUUGGUGACUCAGAAUGUGGAUGCUCUGCACUCCAAGGCGGGGAACCAGCGGCUGACAGAGCUCCAUGGAUGCAUGCACAGAGUCCUGUGCCUGAACUGUGGGGAACAGACUCCUCGCAGGGUACUGCAGGAACGCUUCCAAGUCCUGAACCCCAGCUGGAGCGCUGAGGCACAGGGCGUGGCCCCUGACGGUGAUGUGUUCCUCACUGAGGAGCAGGUCCGGAGCUUUCAGGUCCCGUCCUGUGAUCGAUGUGGAGGUCCUCUGAAACCAGAUGUCGUUUUCUUUGGGGACACAGUGAACCCAGACAAGGUUGACUUUGUGCACAGGCGCGUGAAAGAGGCCGAUUCGCUACUGGUGGUCGGAUCGUCCCUGCAGGUGUACUCUGGUUACCGAUUCAUCCUCACGGCCCGGGAGAAGAAGCUUCCCAUUGCCAUUCUGAACAUUGGACCCACUAGGUCGGAUGACUUGGCUUGCCUGAAGCUGGAUUCCCGCUGUGGAGAGUUGCUGCCUUUAAUAGAUCCACAGUGACCGAGGUCUGGUGCUCAGAGUCUGGGAAUGGAGUUUCCGUUGAGUCCUGCUGCUAAAGAUCCCUAAAGUUUCUUCCUUUGCCUUCAAACUAAUGGAAGCUGACUGCGUUCUGUAGAGGGCACAGGGCAAUGUCUGCAGGCCGGUCCACCAGAGCGCACCCCUGUUUACAGACAGCUGUCAGAGUCCUCGUGCAGAUGAGAGCUGCCCUCCUAAGAAGGACUUUUUCAAGAAGCAGCUGUUCUUGACGGCACAGCUGUGCCACCUUCCUCUUCAUCCCACCGGGAACAAGGAACUCCUGGAAGUCCAUGAGCCAGCGUGGUCUGUGGGGGCCGCCAUUGAGACCUCACUAAUUCAGGGAAUAACCAGAAGGGCCUCUAUAAUUGACUUCUAAUUCCACAUAGUUGUGUCUGACUGAAGCACCUUGAUAUUUUAACAGCAUGAGCAACAGCAUAAUGAAAUUUUUAUUAACCAAACAAUAAAUUAUUUUAAAUAGCA